AUGGCAAGCUGUAACACAGUUGAAGAUAAGACUAAUGAAUGUAAGGAUAGUAUAAGUGAAGUUAAGAAAAGUAUACUACUAAACUGUAUUAAAGAAAAAGAUAUAAUAGAAAGUUCCUGUAGGAGUAAUAUAUAUGAAACUAAUAUAUUAGAAGAAUUAUUUAUUUUAAAUAAAAAGAAAAAGAAAUUUGUAGGAGAAAAUGAAGCAUGGGAUGUUAUAUCAAAUAUAUCUAAAUAUUCUUCUGAUAAUCAUAAAGAAACGGAAAAAAAAAAAUUAUUAUUAUGUUUUGGUAAUAAUAAUUUUGGUCAGCUAGGAUUAGAAGACAAUGUUUCUAUUGGUUUGAUAGAUUUUUCUACAAUCAUGAUAAAUAAAUGUAAAAGAUUAUCUUUUUAUGAUAAUUAUAAUAAAAAAUUUAAGAAAAGUACAGAUAAAUCUUCUGUAUUAAAAAAUAAGAAAAAGAAUAGUAACAGUAAUAAUAGUAAAAAGAAGAGUAUGUGUUCUUCUCUAUCUACAAAUAAAAGACAUUCACGUAUAUCUCUAAGUAAUAAUGAAUUGUAUAAUGAAAUAUUGACUAAACUUCCAAGUAAUUUUGCUUUGAAAACCAUAAGAAAAAAGAAAAAGCGUACAAAUGGUGAUGAUAAAAAUAGCACAAAUAAGGAUAAUAAUAAAUAUAAUACAAACGAGGAUAAUAAUAAAUAUAAUACAAACGAGGAUAAUAAUAAAUAUAAUACAAACGAGGAUAACAAUAAAUAUAAUACAAACGAGGAUAACAAUAAAUAUAAUACAAACGAUGACGAUUAUGAUGAUGAAAACUGGGAUGGUGGGAAUGAAGUUUAUAAUCUUAGGUCAUCAAAGGUUGCCAAGAUUCCAAAAAAGAAAAUGAUAGAACCAAUAUUACUAAUGGAUCCAAUGCAAAGAAGAGAAUCAUUAAAUAAGUUAGAACCGUUAAAUAUAAUAGAUCCUAUAAAUAUUAUGGAUACAUUAAAAAGGAGAGAGUCCUUCAUAAGAAGAGAAUCUAUAAAUAUUUUGGAAUCAAUAAAUAUAAUGGAUGUAUUAAAAAGAAGAGAAUCUAUAAGAAGACGAAAUUCUAUAAUGAUAAAUACAGCAGAUCAACUUAAUCUUUUUCAGAAUGAAGAUAUUAUAAAAUCUAAAUAUAAUAAUAUAAUAAAUAAUGCUUGUAAUCAUAAUAAUAGUGUAAAUGAUUCUAUAAAUUCAUUAAAUGCUAAUGAUAAUGAUAAAAUAGAAAAUAUACCUGUUUUUUUUUCAGAAAAUGAAAAUAAUUGUAAACAAAAAUAUAUAGAAAAAUUUAGUCAAUAUGAUAAUUAUUUAAAAGUAGAUGAUUGUUAUGAUAAUAUGGGAAAUUUUAUAAAUGCUGAUCAUUAUCAUAAUAUGGAAAAUUGUCAAAAUUGUGGAAAUUAUCAAAACAGUGAAUAUUAUCAUAGUGAUGAUCAUUAUCAACAUGGAGAUUAUUAUCAUCGUGAUGGUAACUAUGAACAUGAUGAAACUUGUCAUGCUAAUAUUUUAUAUGGUUAUAAUAAUAACAACAAUAAUAAUAAUAAUAAUAAUAAUAAUAAUAGAUUAUUGAAAAAGAGUAUGGGAAAAAAUUGCAAAAAAAAAAAUGUUUUAUUUUUUAACCCGAAAAUUAUAAAAUGUGGUAAAUACCAUUCAGGUGCUGUAAGCGAAAAUGGUUUGGUGUGUUUAUGGGGUCUUAAUUCUUAUGGACAAUUAGGCGUGAAUUCUAAGAAAUCUAUAUAUACUUGUUAUAAAAAAAUGAAAGUGAAAUUAUCAGAUGAAAAAAAAAAAAAAAAAAUAGUUAUAAAUAAAAAUAAUAAGAGUACUACUAAAAUUCUUAAUUGUCCUCCUUGUAUUAUAAAAAAUGAGAAAACCAUAACAUUACCAUAUAUUUAUAAAUUAAUCCCCUUGAAAUAUUUUGGUUAUAAACAUAAAAUCAAAAAUAUUAGUUUAGGUUCUUUUCAUACAUUAUUAUUAACAUAUGAUGGUUAUGUUUUUACCUUUGGUUGUAAUAAAAGAGCUCAGCUAGGAUUGCCGAACCAUUAUAAUAAAAAGGUAUCUUAUACAAGCAAACCUUUUAUGUUACCUAUAUAUAAUAAUCCGAAUAAUAUGUUUACAAGGGCACAAAAAUUUUAUGAUAAUGAUAUUAUUCAUGGUAUUCAUGGUAUUCAUGGUAUUCAUGAUGUUGUUCAUGAGGAUGUUCAUGAUGUUGUUCAUGAUGUUCAUGAUGGUGCUCAUAAUGAUGUUCAUGAUGGUGCUUAUAAUGAUGCUCAUGAUGAUGUUCAUGAUGGUGCUCAUAAUGAUGCUCAUGAUGAUGUUCAUGAUGGUGCUCAUAAUGAUGCUCAUGAUGAUAAAAAUAAAAAAGAUAAAAAACAUUAUAAUAUGAAAAAGAAACCAUUUCCAAACUACACUCCUGAUAAUGAAGAGACACAGAAAAAAAACAAUUUUUAUUUCACUACAAAAUCUAUCUAUGCUAAAAUUGAGCAUCCAAUUAUUUUUAUAACAUGUGGAUCUUAUAACAGCGCUGUUAUUGAUGCUAAUAAGAAAUUAUGGAUGUGGGGAUGGAAUGAAUAUGGUCAAAUCGAUGAUACAUAUAUAAAUGAAAAAAUAAAACGUAUUAAAAGAAAAAGAAAAAAACUGGAAGCUCAAAAAUCUGUAUCAUUUACAAAAUCUAUUAGUGAUACCUUAAUGAAUUUACCAUUUAUUAAAAGCCUAGCCGAUAGUUUCACUUUCUCAAAAAAAAAUGAGAAUAAUAAAUAUUCUUCUUAUGAUGAACAGUAUCAAAAUCAUAAAAAUCCUGAUAUGGAUGGAGGAUCCAAUGGAUUGUAUUUUUCAGAUGGAUGUUCAUCGACUGAAAAAAAAAAAUCAAAAAAACAUAACGUCGUGAAAAGAGAUGAUGAUGUGGACAAGCAAAAUGAAGAAGUAAUGAAAAAAAAUAAUGAUAAAUUAAAGAGAAAUGAUAAGAUGAUAAAAAAGACACAUCAUGAUAAAUAUGAUGAUAAUAAAUAUGAUGAUAAUAAAUAUGAUGAUAAUAAAUAUGAUGAUAAUAAAUAUGAUGAUAAUAAAUAUAACGAUAAUAAAUAUAACGAUAAUAAAUAUAACGAUAAUAAAUAUAACGAUAAUAAAUAUAACAAUAAACAUAAUAACAAACAUAAUAACAAACAUAAUAACAAACAUAAUGAUGAUCAUGAUGAUGACCAUGAUGAUAAAAAGAAAAAAAAAAGUGAAAGAACAAAAUUUAGCAAUAAAUAUGUUAACAUACCAAGAAAGAUCAAUAUAAAGAAUAGUAAAAUUCUUCAAGUUAGUAUAGGGAAAUAUCAUAGCUUAUGUUUAACACAAGAUAAAUGUGUUUAUGUAUGGGGUUAUUUAAAAAAUAAAAAACAUAUGAAUAAAAAUGAAUAUUAUGAAAUAAAUGAAGAAGAAGAAGAAGAAGAAGAAAGACGAAGACGAAGAAGAAAACAAUUAUAUGAAAUUAAUAAUUCUAUAGAUGAGGAAGAAAAUUGGGAUGAUAGAAAUAAUAAAAGUUAUACAUAUGAUUGUAAUGAGAAAACAGAAUAUUAUGAAGAUGUAACAACAAUUACUAAAAUAGAAUGUUUAAGUCAUCUAUAUAUAUCUGAUAUAAAUUCAUCAAGUACUCAUACUAGUUUUGUUGCUCCUAUAAAAAGUGUAAAUAAAGAUAUUGAUGAAUAUAUAUGGGAAAUGGUUGAUCAAAAUAAAAAUACAAAAAAUAAAAAUAAAAAUAAUAAUUAUGUUAAUCGUUUUCAAUUUCGUGGAGCAGAAUCUUUCUCAGAAGAAAAUCAUAUAGGAAAAGCUGGGGACCGUUAUCGUAAUAAACUAUUACAUAGAAAAGGAGAAGGAAAGAAUUAUAGUUAUAGAGAUAAUUAUUUUAAUAGAGGAGGAGAUAAUAUAUAUUAUAUAAAAUAUACUGAUUUGUAUAAAUUAUUAAAUAUUAAAAUGAAUGAUAAAGAUAAACUCUUAAUGAGAAAUGAUAACAUAUAUAAUAAUAUAUAUUAUAAAAAUGACAAGAGUAAAAAUAAUAAUAAUAAUAAUAAUAAUAUGUAUUAUAUUAACAACAAAUAUCAUGUUAGUAAUACAAAUAUUAUUAAUAAUAAUUAUUAUAUUCAUAAUAAUUUAAUGAAUUAUUUUAAAAAUAAAAAAAUAAUCAACAAUUACAAAAAUGGAAACAACAACAACAAUAAUAAUAAUAAUAGGAAUAAUGAAUUAUGCAAAUUGGACCACGUAUUAAAACCUUUACUUUUAAGUACAAAUAAUAAAAAUAUGCAUUCAUUAAAUACAUUACAAAUAUUUCAAGUGUCUAUAGGAAAGAACUUUGCUGUUAUUCUAACGUCCUCUCCUUCUAUAAAUAAAAUAUUAAAUAAGAAAAAAAUAGAUUACAUAAAUAAUAUAUGCUCAUUAGAUGUAUUAAGAGAUAAAAUACCAGAACGAAAUAUAUUUGUUAUAGGAAAAGGAGAUUUUAAUCAAAUUCUUCUACCUCAAAAUUGUAAACAAUCAUCUAUACCUAUAUAUUUAGAUAAACAUAAAUUAAUUUAUCAUGUUCUAAGAGUAAAUAAAAAAUAUAACUUUCUAAAUUCAUCCAAAAGAAAAAAAUAUUCUGAUCAAAUUAGUUACAAUAGUAAAUUAUUUAAUUUAAAAAAAUAUCAUGAAAAAAUUAAAGAAAAUGUAAAUAAUAAUAGUAGUUUUAUAUAUAACGAUCUAGGACAUCAUAAAUUUUCUCUUAUUCUCUCUCCUAAUAAAAAAAGCUCUUCAGGAACAUGCAAAAUCAAUUCGUAUUCUUCAAAUUGGGGUAGUGCACUCAGAAGAAAAAAAUCCAUGUCUGGAGUACACACAUAUAGUGAUAGAGCUAGUCAUCAAAUACUUAACUUUAAAUUAAGCAAAACAUUUAAAAAAUUUUCUUUAGAAAGGGAAAAAUUGUAUUUUUCAGACAGAGACAAAGUUGAAGAAGGAUACAAUUCAAGUAUAAUUAAAUUAAAGUGGGGUGUAGAUACCAACGAAAAUGAUAGCAUUAAAAGAGAAAGCAUUAAAAGAGAAAGCAUUAAAAGAGAAAGUAUUAAAAGAGAAAGUAUUAUAAAGAUGGGAAGUGAACCUAUUCAUAAAAAAAAUAACGAUGAUAAUAAUAGUACUUGUGUUGUUCGUAAAUUAGCUAGUAAUAGUGUUCAAAUUAUAGAAGUCGAUAAAAACAAAAAAAAACAAAAAAAAAAAAAUCAUAUAAAUUUAUUUAAAAUUCCUAACUUUUUUAUGACUACAUCGAACGAGCUAAGUGAGGUCAGUAUGCAAAGUUCACAGGAAUUAAAUUAUAAUAAAGAAAAUAAAAAAGGUGACAAAAAUAAAGAAGGUGAUGAAAAUAAUAAAGGUGAUGAAAAUAAAGAAGGUGAUGAAAAUAAAGUAGGUGAUGAAAAUAAUAAAGGUGAUGAAAAUAAUAAAGGUGAUAAGAAAAACAUUAGGAACGAUAAAAAUGCAGAUACCGACUUUGUAACAAGUGUCCCCUUAGACGAAUUCAAUGAAUAUUCCUCCGAUAAUAAAUUAUUAAAUAAUUUCAGAUUAAGUAUAAAUGCAGAAGAAUCUAAGAAGAGCGAAACGUACGAUUUAAAUAAUGAUUUCCAUAUAAAUAUAUUAAGAAACAAUAUGAACAAUGCUAAUUUAUCGAAGGCCAGAAGUAGAGUUUCUUAUUCAUCACAAAAUAAAAGAAGAUGUUCAUCGGGUAUUAAUAAAAAUGAUUUGGUACAAUCUAUGAUAUUAAAUGCUAUUGAUAAUAUAAAUGAAAAUUUAUAUAUGGAUAAUCCAAAACAAAAAAAAAAUUACGAACAUAUAGCUAAAAGUAAUGAAGUUAAAAUGAGAUUUAAAGUUUUUAAAAAAAGAAAUUCUUGUCUAUGGAAUUAUUUUACAUAUCAUAAACACAGAAACCAAUAUCCAUUCGAUUUAAAUUUAUCAAAAGAUAUAGUCAAUAUUAAUUUAUUAGACAUAUCUUGUGGUGAUUAUCAUUCCUUAAUACUCCUGGAAGUCGACAAAAUUGUAUAA